AUGUCUUCUUCCAACCUUCGUUUCCUCUCCCGGGCCGAUGUCGAGCAGCUGGUCUGCCGAUACCCCGAUGUGGCCCCUUCUUUCUUGGGCCAGACUGAACUUUUCAGUCAGGUGUUGGGGCAGGUUGCCUCAGACGAGCCCUCGCUGGUGGUUGUGGCCUGGCAAGUCACAGAACUGAUGGCGCACCUAGUAUGCGUCGUUGGCCCAUGUACUGCUUCACCGUGGUACAUGCGCAUGGUCAUGACCCCGGACUUCCUCUUCCUCGGCAUGCACCCUGUGCUCCCUGGUGCUGCUUUCCGCGAGGCCUACCUCGCCGCCCUUCUCCCUGUUUACUUUGACAGCCUCCUCCCCUCCGUCGCCGAACAUCCACUCGCAUGUGGAUAUUUCGCCUUCCACCCGCUCUCUUUCGAACAAGAGUGGGUCGUUCUUAUCCGCGCGUUGGCUGCGUACCUAGGCAGCACGGCUGGUCGUGUCGACCACUACGCCCCCUGCGAGUCAGAAGAGCCUACUCCCAUGGCCACUGACCCCGUCUCUGCUGAUGCGACUGUGUCUUGUUCCGCGCCAGUUGCUUACUCACAAGACGUGGAAAUGCAGGAUGCUCCGGAGGCGCCCGCGGCCAUUGAACCCGUCCCCGCCCGCACAACCGUGUUUUGUUCCGUGCCGGUUGUUGCCUCGACAGACGUGGCAAUGGAGAACGCCGAGAAGAACCCUGCGGCGGCUGACACCCCGACCAUGGGGCCGGUCAAACGAGGUGGGAAAGGGAAGCGGAAAGCGGAUGAGCCGCUGGAAGGGGAUGAGCUUCGAGGGAAACUCGACUGGGGCUCCAAGGCCCAAGGUGAAGAGGAGGAGUUGCCGGUGCCAGAGACCCCUGGCCCCAUUCUGACGAAGGACGGGCGGGUGAUCACACCCCAAUGGACGGCGUCCUUUGGGCCACCGCCUGCGCCUCGAAAGAAGUGGAGGUAG